CCCACCAUCCCAAGCUGCGAGUGAGAAGAUAAACACCACCGUUAAUUGCAGCCAGGAUUUGGGGAGUUGUAUUUCGUCCAUACUGGGAACAUUAGAGGAAGAGAGGAAUUUCAUGUUAUCUUGGACGGGAUCUGGGAUCCGUCGACCAGACCUGCACAGCGCCUGGAAUUCUUGUCCUUGUCCUCGUCCUCCUCCGCUCGUUCAUGACCAUUUAGAUCCAUCCUCUGUGAAGAGUCAGUGAGAUCGCGCUGCCGCCUUGCAGAGACCAUGUUGGACGGGCUUAAAAUGGAAGGAAGUUUGCCGCAUUCGGCCCAGACUCCGAAUUCACUUCAUGGGCCCGGUGGAAAGGAGAGGGCAGUGUGCGAAGGCUGUGAUAGGGUGAUCUUAGACCGGUUUCUGCUGAGGGUGAAUGACAGCUUUUGGCACGAGCAGUGUGUGCAAUGUGUUGGGUGCAGGGAGCCCCUCACUACCACUUGCUACUACAGAGACAAGAAGCUGUACUGCAAACAUGACUACGAAAAGCUGUUUGCGGCUAAGUGCAGCGGCUGCGUGGAGACCAUUGCCCCCACCGAGUUCGUCAUGCGGGCCCAGAAGAGCGUUUACCACCUGCACUGCUUCUGCUGCUGUGUGUGCGAGAGGCAGCUACGUAAGGGCGACGAGUUUGUGCUGAAGGAGGGCCAGCUGCUCUGCAAGAGCGACUACGAGAAGGAACGGGAGCUGCUGAGCUUGGUCAGUCCGGCUGCCUCAGACUCAGCCAAAAGUGACGAUGAGGAAUGCGCUGACAAACUGGGGCAGCUACAGUGCAAAGGAGGCGAAGACUUCAAAGAUCCCAAGAGGCCCAAAAGGCCCAGGACUAUCCUCACCACGCAGCAGAGACGUGCUUUCAAGGCAUCGUUCGAAGUGUCCUCCAAACCCUGCAGGAAGGUCAGGGAGACGCUGGCAGCAGAGACAGGCUUGAGUGUCCGAGUCGUACAAGUGUGGUUCCAAAAUCAACGAGCAAAGAUGAAGAAGCUGGCUCGGCGACAGCAGCAACAACAACAGGACCAGCAGAACACACAGCGACUGAACACAGUCCCAGCGAAUAACUCCUCUAACCCCGGAAUGGAGACGAUGAUGAACCCUUACACAACCCUGCCUCCUCAGCAGCUCCUGGCUAUUGAACAGAACGGAUACAACACCGAUCCUUUCCGACAAGGCCUUACUCCUCCUCAGAUGCCAGGGGACCACAUGCACCCUUAUGGUGACUACUUUAUUCUCCUUGAAACGUACCCAUUUCAAAAAAAUCUAUAUGCCGGGAAGGUGACCUCCCAAACUUGUGAUCUCUACACAAAGAAGGGCAAGGAAAGCAGGUGCAAGGGAGCAUCACCACCUACAGCUUCCCCUUCCAAGUCACACGCCAUCCUGACUUGGAAGUGCAUUGCUGCUCCAUCAUCGCCCCUGGGUCCUAACCCCAACACUCACCGCCAUCCCCAACAACCUUCACCAGAACAACGAUGGUGCUUCAAGAAGGCUGCUCACCACCAUCUUCUCAGGGGGAUCUGGGGAUGAUGGGCAGUAAAUGCUGGCCUUGCCAACCACAUUGAGAUCCCAACAAGAACAAUGAAUCAGUAAACAGCACAGGACAGUGGGAUGCUCCAGUGUAUUCCUCCCGAAGAUGCAUUGGGAUGCAGAAUUACGUCCAGCAGAAGUCGACUAUUCAGCCCGUAGAUAGACACAAAUUGCUGGUGUAACUUAGCGGGUCAGGCAGCAUCUCUGGAGAAAAAGGAUGGGUGAUGCUUUAUGUCAGGACCCUUCCUCGGACUGAAAAUCCUACCUUGUGAUGGUUUCGCAGUGGAGCAGACAAAACUUCACUUUCAGUCCAAAGAAGGGUUCUGACCUGAAACAUCACCCAUCCUUUUUCUCCAAGAGAUGCUGCUUGACCCGCUGAGCUACUCCAGCGCUUUGUGUUUAUUUACGGUCUGUAGUUCCUGUAGACCCCUUCAGCCCAUCAGGCCCACAACAAAGGGGAUGUAUUUAAAUUAGUGUUGUUUGAUGCGUGGCAGAGGGCUUCUCCCUGGACUCUGCUUGAUAUCUAUUCCCACAAAUACACCAGGCUGACCAGCUAGUUAUGUCAGGCACUACUAAUGGGAUUCUAAUAUCAUAUUAGCCUUCGUAACAUUCACUUCAGAGUUAAUUGAUUGCGUGACAUUCUGGGACACCUUGAGAAGGUGCCGUGCAAAAUCCUUUGGACAGGUAUUGAGAUGAAGUAUCUGCAUAAGCUGAGGCUUAGUUGAUAGGAUGACAGCCUCUGGGUCAGGAGAUCUUAAGUUGAACUCCCAGCCACAUAAAGGUUGCACGGUGGUUCAGCGGUAGUUUCUGGCUUUCAGCGCCAGUCCCGGGUUUGAUCCUGACUACGGGUGCUAUUCAUUUGGAGUUUGCACGUUCUCCCUGUGACCGCGUGGGUUUUCUCUGGGUGCUACGGUACUAGAGACCAGCACACAAGAGAUGUUGUUCAUUUGAUGAAUUAAUUCACGUCACUCUGUUAAAGAGGAGCAGAGGAACUAUCCCCA